AUGCACUCGGAUAAGCGCAACUACAGCCAAUUUGCCUGCGUUGGCAGUGGAUUUUCCGCUAUUGGCCUCGGCGCAACACUGCAAAGGUGGUAUGGCCUCAACGAUAUCAAGUUUUUCGAACGAUCUAGCGAUUUGGGCGGGACGUGGUUUACAAAUAGAUACCCAGGCUGUGCUUGCGACGUCCCCAGCGCUCUCUAUAGUUACUCCUUCGAGCCAAACCCAGAUUGGAGUCGAGUCCUACCUUCGCAUGACGAAUUGUGGCAAUACUUGAGGGGGGUGGCCGACAAGUAUGCCCUGGUCCCGAAAAUGACCUUCGGAGUCGACGUCGAGAAGUGCGAAUGGGUCGAGGAAACAAAGCGAUGGCGGUUGCAUAUCCGACACUUGAAGACAGAUCAUGUCUUCACCCACGAGUGCCAGUUUCUCUUCGGUGCUGCUGGCCAGUUAGUUCAACCAAGGGAGCUUGACGUUCCCGGGGCUGAGAGCUUCAAAGGUCCCAUCUUCCACUCGUCCCGGUGGAGAGAUGAUGUGAGUCUCGAAGGCAAAAAGGUGGUGGUGUUUGGAAACGGAUGCACGGCGGCCCAAAUCGUGCCAUCUAUCGUAAACAAAACCGAACACCUCACGCAAAUUGUGCGGGCGAAGCACUGGAUCCUCCCACCCAUUGACGGUGCCUACACGGACGCCAUGCGACUUGUAUUCAAGUACGUUCCCGGAAGCAUGAAGCUCCAGCGUCUCAUAAUCUACCUCGCAGCCGAAAACGAACUGAAGGGGUUUCCAAUGACCUCUUCGGCCGCACGCUUCCGGCAGAAGCGCCGUGUUGAGGCCGAAAAGUAUAUGAGAUCGCGGGCUCCCGCCAAGUACCACGACAUCUUGAUCCCUGAUUUCGAAGUGGGCUGUAAGCGGAGGAUUUUCGACUCGGGGUAUCUCGACUGUCUGCAUUCGAAAAAUCUCACUUUGACGAACGAACGGGCCUUGAAGAUCGUGCCAGAUGGAGUUAUGACCGAGCGCGGCCUGAUCGAAGCUGAUGUCAUUGUGUUGGCCAAUGGUUACGUGACGAAUAAGUUCCUCACUGGCAUCAACGUCGUCGGACGCGGGGGCGAGAAACUCACCGAACAUUGGGAGUCGUUUGGUGGAGCUGAAGCCUAUAACUGCUCCGUGAUGAGCGGAUUCCCCAACUUUUUUAUCCUGCUGGGACCGAACGCCGCAACUGGACAUACGUCGGCCAUCAUGGCCUCGGAGAACAGCAUCAACUAUGCCUUACGUUUGAUCAAGCCAGUCCUAGAUGGUAAAGCGGAAUUCGUUGAGCUGAAGAGAGAUGCUGAACAGCGGUACGUCGAUCGCAUCCAAGAGGAUCUGUCCAAGACGGUGUGGAACUCCGGAUGUCAAAGCUGGUACAUCGAGAGCGGUCCGGAGGGAAAAACUUGGAAUGCCAUGAGUUAUCCAUACUCCCAGGCUCAUUUCUGGUACCGAAGUCUAUUCCCUGUCUGGAGCGAUUGGAAUAUUGCAUCAAGCAACACCGUCGUCGACAAGGUGCCCAUUGCUCCCCUCUUGUGA